UUCAAGCGUGGUGUCCUGUUGCGUGAUCUCCCGCAGCUCUCCUCAGGAAACCAGCCAGCCUUAUUCACUGACCAUCAGCGCCGAGCGCCGCAGACAAGUGCGCUGUGCUGUGUUAAAUCUGGAGGGGGGUAAAGGCAGCAGGAAUAAAACUUGUUUCAUAUUUUAUGUUUGAAACGCGCUUCACCAGAGAUGAUGAAUUUUAUCCUCAUCUGCCUGCUAUGUGGAUUGUACGGUGUUCGUGCAAAAGAUAAAGAUCAAAAGGGAAAGUACAGCGUCCCAAUACUGGAUGUGAAAAGCCGGCAGCUGAUCCUGGACGCUAACCAGACACUACUGCUUGGCUGCAGGGGUCGCUGGGAGCUGACAUGGGCGUACCCAUCAGGUUUGGCCAGAGAUCAGGUGCAAGUGGAGGAGUCUCGCUGUGGGAAGACUAGUCAGCAGUACUGCAGCCGUCUGACGGUCAGCCACAGCCAGGCCCAGCACACUGGCCUGUUCCGUUGCAGAUACCGGCACCGGGCCCAAAAACAGACCUCCAUCUAUGUAUAUGUCACAGACAGCCAGCGGCCAUUUGUGGAACAUCCAGGCAUGAGCCCAGACGUGUUGUAUAUGAAGGAGAAGCAGCCGCUGCACAUCCCCUGCCGGGUCACCCACCCUAAUGCCACCACCACACUGGUCAAGUUCCCCAACCACAGCCUGAGUCCAGACCAGAGGAACAUUAUUUGGAAUAGCAAGCAAGGCUUCACCAUCCGAACUCCCACCUUCUAUUACAUUGGCCUCUUCUUCUGCCAGACAAUCACUGACGGCAUCACGCACAAGUCACGUAUAUACUUUGUGCACAGACCAGUGAGUAACAUCAUGGAGGUGUAUCUGAACAGCAGUGGUCCUGUGCAGGCGUUAAAGGGAGAGAGACUGGUUUUAAACUGCACCGCCACCGCAGAGUUGAACACCAGAGUAAACAUCAGCUGGGACUACCCUGGAGAGAAUGACAAAACUGGCUCCUUUUCCAAGAGGAUCCUGAAGCACAGAACACACUUGUUGUUCUACAAUAUUCUGACCAUCCCGAAGCUCCAGCGUUCAGACCGAGGCCUCUACACAUGCCGCGUCACCAGCGAUGAAAAAAUCAAACAACAGAAAGUCACAGUCACUGUCUAUGACCGUCCAUUUAUUCGCCUGAAGCCCAGACGUGAUUCUGUGAUGCAGGCUCAGGCGGGACAGAAAUCUUACAGGAUUUCUCCCAAACUGCGAGCGUUCCCCUCCCCUGAGGUCAUCUGGUUAAAGGAUGGCAAGGUGGCAGCAGAGCAGUGCUCCAGAUACCACAUGGAUGGGAAUUCCCUGGUAAUCCGGGAUGUAGCAGAGGAGGAUGCUGGAACGUACACUGUCCUGGUACGAAUCCAGGAACAUGGACUCAACCAGAAUCUCACGCUCACACUUGUGGUCAAUGUGAGUCCUCAGAUAGGGGAGAAGGCGGUGUCGUUGCAGGACCCGGGCUCAGUCCCACGGGGGAGCAGACAAGCCCUUCACUGCACAUCCCACGGGGUCCCUCCCCCACACAUCCAGUGGCUGUGGCAUCCCUGCCCAUCCAAUGGCCUGUGUGUGUGUCCAACGUCCUCCUCACUGUGGAGCCCUGUGAUAGAGGGACCCCCCGUCACGUCCAUAAGCAACCACAUCCUGAGUGUUAAGCACAGACAGGAAGUGCUCCAGGGGAAGAAAAAGACGGUGGGGGUCUUGACCGUGGCAGAGGCCUUUGUGUCUGGAGUGUAUCGCUGCGUUGCCUCCAACUCUGCAGGCACAGACCAGCUAGAUGUUCACUUCUACGUCACAGAUGUCCCAGGAGGCUUCAGCGUGAGCCAGAGUGAAGAACCUAGAGAGGGUGGAGACCUUCAUCUAACCUGUGUAACCAAUAAGUACCUGUACACCGCGUUGUCAUGGCAACGAGUGAACAACACAGAGGAUGCCUGGUCCCGCAGUCCGGCCAGGAGUAUGCAGCAGUUCACAUCAGGGGAGUUCUCCAGCUCUCUGGUCCUGUUGUUAAGCAACCUAACAGCCAGAGACUCUGGAGCCUACAGAUGCUCCGCUCGCCACCUCAUCACCGGACAGGAGACCCACCUGGACACACAGGUGGUGGUCACCAUUUUGGAGCCUCCGGUGCUGCUGACUAAUUUGACAGAUUGUACUGUCAACGUUAGCAGCUCAGUGAUCCUUAGCUGUCCCUCGGCGGGCAUCCCGCCCCCAACCAUCACAUGGUACAAGGAUGAACAUGCUCUUUCUCGGGGAUCAGGUAUUGUGAUAUCACCAGAAGAUGGGACUCUCCAUAUUGAUCGAAUCACAGUGGAGGACCAGGGCCUGUAUACGUGCCAGGUCACAAAUGAGAGGGGAUCUGCAGAGAGCUCUGCCUAUAUAUGGGUCAACGGUGCCUCAGAAGCCUCUUCUCUGGAAAUCCCCACACUUACCUGUACCUGUGUGGUGGCCACUCUCUUCUGGCUUUUGCUCACGCUCUUCAUACGCAAACUGAAACAGCCCAACAGCUCAAACACCAAACCAGAGUACCUGUCAAUCAUUAUGGAUUCAGGAGAGGGGCCGAUAGAGGAGCAGUGUGAGAGGCUGCAAUAUGACCCCAACCAAUGGGAGUUCCCUCGGGAGCGGCUUAAAUUAGAGAAACCUCUGGGCCGUGGAGCCUUUGGUAAGGUGAUGCAGGCAUCUGCCUUUGGUAUAGACAAUGCCACCAGCUGCAGCACUGUGGCUGUUAAGAUGCUCAAAGAGGGAGCUACAGCCAGCGAACACAAAGCUCUGAUGACUGAACUAAAGAUCCUUAAUCACAUUGGACAUCAUCUGAAUGUAGUCAACCUACUGGGAGCCUGCACCAAGCCGGGAGGACCACUGUUGGUCAUAGUCGAGUACUGUCGCUACGGAAAUCUCUCCACCUUCCUGAAGAGCAAGAGAGAGGUGUUUGUGGACAACAUGCCGUCCGGAGGAAAGGAUGGGGGGGCAGGUUGUGUCGGCAGCUUGUCUGACAGCCAGAGCAGCAUUAGAACAGAAUUUGAUGAGAGAGAUGAGAAAGAGAAUCACCUUGAUCCCAAAUCUGGCUCCAACUCCCCUUUAUGCCUGGAGGAUCUCAUCUCCUUCAGCUUCCAGGUUGCUCGAGGGAUGGAGUUUCUGGCCUCUCGCAAGUGUAUUCACCGAGACCUGGCAGCCAGGAACAUCUUGCUCUCUGACAAUAAAGUGGUCAAGAUCUGUGACUUCGGCCUGGCCAGAGACCUCUACAAAGACCCCGACUAUGUCCGCAAGGGAGAUGCCCGCCUCCCUCUGAAGUGGAUGUCUCCAGAGUCCAUCUUUGACAAGGUGUUCACCACCCAGAGUGACGUGUGGUCCUACGGCAUUCUGCUGUGGGAGAUCUUCUCUCUGGGAGCUUCCCCGUACCCUGGUCUUCACAUAGAUGAAGAGUUCUGCCAUAGGCUCAAGGGGGGAACAAGGAUGCGAGCGCCUGAAUACAGCACACCUGAGAUAUACAGCACGAUGCUGGCAUGCUGGGAGGCCAGUCCCUCAGACAGACCAACAUUCCCCGACCUGGUGGAGAGCCUGGGAGACCUGCUGCAAGCGAGGGUUCAGCAGGAUGGGAAGGAUUAUAUUCCUCUGGAAUCUUAUAUAACUGGAGACGCUGGUCGCAGUGAGACCUUCAAAGAAAACCCGCUUGCAGUCACAAACCUGAGUUACAUGAGGGGUAUGGCCACACUUCAGACGUUUGAGGAACUGCCCUGCGAGGAGCCAGACAGCCGUGAUGAUGAGCAGAGCGACAGCGGCAUGGUCUUGCCGUCUGAGGAGCUGAAGCAUCUGACGUGGAAUAACGGCACCAAGAACAGGACGCUCAGCAGGUUCUUUGCCUUCACUAAGUGCCCGGAAAACCAGGUGCCUUUCCUGUGCAAGGACAUCACAGGUCUCUGUGAAGACGAGCCGUCUAUCCUGCCGUGUGACUGGGAAUCUGACGAGGGCGGCUCCCCUCCUCCUGACUACAACUCUGCUUUUCUCUACCCCUCCCUCUAGCAUCUGCUCCUGUCUUAUAUAUAACUCUUUGACAACUUUACACAGGGUAUAAAUAUAUUUUCCUGCUCGUCAAUUAUUCUGCUGUUUGCAUCCUCUACCUCAUUAUAAUAUCUGCGUGUAUUCUUCUGCCCUCUCCUCCUCUCACAGAUGUUUUUUCCUCUUCCUUCUUUAACAAAACUUCUUAAACAUUUAAUCAAACAACUCUUGAUUAGACAUCUCUUUGCUUUUUUUUUUUUUCUUCACUUCGGUAUUAUCUUGCAUUAUUACACAUAACCCCUUCCAAGAGCAGCUAAGUAUUACUUGGUAGUACUUACCUAAUGCAUGAAUGUAUUUACUGACCUACAACUAUUAGUGCUUAUUGUAUUGGUACCUCAAGUGCUGAGCUUUGUGAAGAGAAACACUGCUGUAUGAAAUGAUUGUUUCUCCUACAUGGCUACUAUAUGCUGGAAAAAAGUUUAUUAUCCAUUGAACAGACAGGAUGUAUCUAUCUGUAUUUAUUUUAAUGCUGUAAUCAUUUCAUGGAUAAGUCCCUUGUUAAUCAUCUUACUUCAUGAUGGUUAUAAUGUUCAGUUUUAUGGAAACUGUUUUAGAAAGGUGCUGAUUUAUAUCCAGCAGCAUCACUGGGGGUGGACAAAAUAUUAGAAACACCUCCAAGUAUAACAUAUUAUAAAAUACAGCCUGUAAAAUCACCAUCCAGUUAAAUCAUCUUUCUAAAUCGGUUUCAACAAAAACAAAACCUUCAUGAACAUUACAUUAAUUGCAGGGCUGCUGUUAGACUUUAGAUAGAUAUACCUAAUAAACUGGCACCUGAGUGUAUAUUUAAUUCUAUAUUAAUUCACAAAUGACAAAAAGUGUUUUUUGCUUUAUAUUUUUAUUUACAAAAAAUAUUGAAUGCAUGAAGAUCAAUUCAGUUAAGUGUAGCGUAUUCCCCCUCCAUCUACUCCAUCCCCAAACUAUUAGAGCUGAAAUUAUUAGUCAGUCGACAGAAAAGGAAUUGGCAAUGAUUUUAGAUAAAUCAAUUUCAGUUAUUUUUCCAGCAUAAAAAAAAAUACCAAACAUAUCCAAAUUUCUGCUUCUGAGUUGUGAGGAUUUGCUGCUUUUCUUUGUCAUAGGUGUAAGUAAUUUAAUUACAUCCACCACAAUAUUGACAUUUAAACCACUGUUCAGAGAACAUGCUGUCUGUGUCUGGAUACUGAAAUCUGAUCGCUCAACUGCAUUUACAUGUUUGUUUUUUUUUCUAGAUGCAGAUUGCAUGUUAACCCAUUUUAAAGUGGUCAAAGUGGCUAGUAGACCAGAACAGACGGUUUAACCCUCUUGAUCUCACUCUACAUGUCAUCAUUUUCUAGUGUUAGAAAAAAACAACUUUGAUGCUGUGCAAUCUAUUUGUAUUUUUUUUUUUAAAGCUGAUUAAUCAAAGAAUUGUAAUCCGUACAGUAAAAUCAAACCCAUGAGA